AUGGCUGUUAAUACUACUGAAAUAUUAUCAAUUGCUGUCAAAUCUAUAUAUGAAUUAUCGCAAAAUUUUAUCGGAUGGAGAUAUGAAUGCAAAAGUAAUAAACAAUUAGAUGGACAGUUAGUUGUGAUAACCGGUGCCAACACUGGUAUCGGCAAAGAGACGGCCCGUGAUCUGGCAAAACGUGGAGCAAAAAUAAUCAUUGGAUGUCGUGACGAGUCGAGAGCUAAUGAAGCGAUCAAUGAUAUUAAACGUGAGAUACCUUUAGCCGACAUAAUGGCAAUAAAAUUGGAUUUAUCAUCAUUGAAGUCGAUCCGCAAGUUUGCCGAAACUUUAGCCAACAAUUAUCAAUCAAUUGCUAUACUCAUCAAUAAUGCCGGAGUUGUUAUGGAAGAACACAAACUAACUGAUGACGGAUUUGAGAUGACUUUCGGGACCAACCAUUUGGGUCAUUUUUUGCUAACUUUACUAUUGUUACCAUUGCUCCAAAAAGCACCAAAAGCACGGGUAGUUAAUGUCUCAUCCUAUUUGUAUACCGUUGGGACAAUCAAUUUUGAUGAUAUAAACGGCUUGAAUAAUCCAUACAAUGGAACAGUUGCUUAUUGUAAUAGUAAAUUGGCCAACAAUUUGUUUACUUGGGAACUGGCCAAACGUCUGGGACCCGACUCAACGGUGACCACUUAUGCUGUCCAUCCGGGAGGUGUGCGCACAGAUAUACACAGAAAUAGGACAUCAAAUAUUCAGCGCAAACUUAUAGGACUGUUUGGACUCAUAUUUUGUAUUAACGCCAAAUCGGGUGCUCAGACAUCCAUUUACUGUGCUGUCGAUGAACGGCUCGAUAACGAAACGGGCGGUUACUAUGAAGAAUAUAAGUGUACGAGUAAUAGACGAUUGACUGAACAGGUAGUUGUAAUAACCGGUGCCAACACUGGUAUCGGUAAAGAAACGGCUCGUGAUUUGGCAAAACGCGGAGCAAAAGUAAUAAUUGGAUGUCGUGAUGAAUGGAAAGCCGCCGAUGCUAUCAAAGAGAUAAAAGCAAUGAACCCGAAGGCAGACAUAACGGCACUGAAACUGGAUUUGUCUUCACUAAAGUCUGUCCGCGAAUUUGCCCAACAAUUAACUGAUAAGUAUCAGGCAAUUGAUGUCCUCAUCAAUAAUGCCGGCGUAACUAUGAAUAAGUGUAUGGAAACUAAAGAUGGAUUUGAAAUGACAUUAGGGAUCAAUCAUUUAGGACAUUUUUUGCUAACAAUGCUUUUACUGCCAUUACUACGGAAAUCACCGAAAGCACGUGUAGUUAAUGUGUCAUCAUUUGCUCAUGUAUUCGGUGAUAUUGAUUUUGACGAUAUAAACAGCUAUAGAAAAUCAUACGUUCCGUUUGAUCGUUACGCUCAAAGCAAAUUAGCUAACAUACUGUUUACCCGUGAACUGGCCCGACGUCUGGGAACCGACUCAUCGAUCAAUACCUAUGCCGUCCAUCCGGGUAUUGUGAGGACAGCAAUAAGCAGAAGUGAUUUCUUAAUAAACACAAUAUUUAUGUAUUUGUAUGAAAAUAAAUGGCUCAAAUCGGCCGAAUUGGGUGCCCAGACAUCACUUUACUGUGCCAUCGAUAAGGCCGUCGAUAAUGAAACCGGAUUUUAUUAUGAAAAUUGUAACAGAAAUGACAACUUGUUUGCCAAAGCCAAGGAUGACGAGACAGCCCAUCGAUUGUGGGAAUUGAGCGCACAAUUAGUCAAACUUGAAGAUCAAUAUAAUUUACCAAAAAAUCCUAAUUAA